AUGUAUGUUGGAGUUCAAAAUAGAAGACAAUUGAGGACAAGGGCCGCGACUGUGGUCACCACAGUCCUCUUUUGUUUAUACAUCUAUGAUGGUAAACAAACCUCAUAUGGCCUCUAGUUCUUCUAAUGGGAGUUCCUCUAACCCACAAGUUUGAG